CAGGCUGCAAGAAUCAUUCAAUAUUUAAAAUUUCAAAACCAGCAAUACAACAGCUUCAUACGGCAUGCAAGGCUGUUUGUAAGGGUGGAUGCCUAAAUGGAUUGGAUUUUCCAGUUGAGAACUGCACUGACAUACAGAGAUCUAUAUUGUGUCUGGAAUCCCAACUUGAGAAUUGUCCACAGAAUAAAGACAUACAAAGGAAAAUUAAGGGAUUGAAAAAUCUUUGUUCUGACAUAUCUAGGAAGACAGGUAUGAAUUCCUUCAAGACUUGUCUUGCCAGCUCCAAAAUUAACCAGAACUGCAAGCAACACUUAAAACCACCUUUGCAAAAAGAAACGGAAAGUAACGAAUGCAAAAGAAUAUCAGAUUAUUCGUCAUGUGCUACGAUGGCUUUACCUACGUGUGAUAAUGAAGAAAUUAAGGAAUUCAUAUCAGAAACUGCUAAAACACUUGCGAGUUUGAAUUCAAGGCGUGAAGGUGGCAUCCAGUGUCAAUCAAGUGACGGGAGAACAUAUUUUCCAGGUUUGUGGACCCUCGUUCUUACAGGUUUCCUAACGUGGAUGAGCAUUUCGUUUUAAAACAAUUACCUCAAUAUUGUUCAUUUCAAUGUAUUACAUUUUUUUUUAAAUUUUUACAAUUUUUCUUGUAAAUUUGGCUGUAUUUAAAACGAGUGCAUAGUGUAAAACUGCUUACGUAAAUAAUCGUAUGGAAGUAUUAAUUUAGUUUCUCUAGAAUGCGUCCGAUAUUUAUUUAUUUAUAUUGGUAAAUGUUUUCUAUUAUAAAGAACGUUAGCUAGAAUUCAAAUCUGAACUCAUGCUCACACAUUGUUGAAAGGUAUUCUAAAGGAGUUAUUUGAAGAUAUCUGACAGUAGUAUGGAAGACAAGGUUCUUUACUUAAUCAACAAAUGUGAGCAUUACUUUAUAGAUGUAUGAAUGCCAUAAAGAUACAAAAAUACAUUGGUAAAACAUUAAAAUAUUUUGAAGAAAAAAAUUGAAGCAAACUUUUUGGAAUGUAUAUUUUACCUUGCGAGUUAUUCUUUAUAUUCUGUAAUGGUGACAUUCUUCCAUUAAAAAAAUAUUAUUGUAAUCUUCCUUCUGGAAAAAGGCUUUUUAUAAGAAUGUUGUAUGAAUGAUAUAAGUAUCUUAUGAAAAACAAUCAUAAAGUAUGUAAUAUAAAUAUGUGUUUCUAUGGAACGAACUUGCAAAUGUAUUUAAAGGGAUAUGGUCACAGUUUCAGCGAAAGAUUUUCGUUUUUUUCCCCAUGUUUAUAAAAACUUAAUUAAGGUACUUUUAAUUAUCAUUAAAAAUUGAAUUUCAGUUGUCGAAAAACAAGACAGAAUUAGAGCCUCAAAGCUUUAUUAUUUAAACAAGGGUCGUGUCAUGUUUUUGUUUACAUAGGUUAAAUAUACUUUUAUGUGUUCGUUUAAUGCGAUUUUUUUCCCAAUAAAAAAGUUAACUCUAUAUACGAUUAGACAGUUUCUAGUGAUUUGCGGAAUCUGGUUUUAUUAUUUAUAUGAUAUUAUAUAUAUGUAAACAAAAACAAGACACGAGCCUUGUUAACCUUAUGCAGAAUUAAAAGAUCUGUAUCUCCUAUAUCAAUCAACAAAUGAUGUUAAAAUUUUUGCUGAUUAUUUGAAAUGCCUUAAUUAGGAAUUGUAAACAUUAACAUAGGUUUUAAAAAAUUAGUUUAAACUGUGUGCUCAUGUCCUUUAAAGAGAGAUACAGUGAAUAUAUUAAGCACAUAGUUGAAUUUGAAUUCUCUAAC